GUGCUCGUGCCCGCGCGCUCGCGCCCGGAGUGGGGACGGGGGCGCGCCGGUGCGCGCGCAGGGGAGAGGCCAGCCCAGGCAGCCGUUGUCGGGUUCGACUGGAGGGGCGGGGGAGUCACCUGCGAGCGGCUGCGCUGGCGGCCCGCCCGCCCACCGCGUCUGGAUCGCGCCGGCUGCGCGGAGCUGCGGACCGCACACACCCUGGAAGGCCCCGGCGGCGAACGGGCAGAGUCCGCGCCCUGCGUCCGCGACCAGGAGUAUCGGACCUUCGCCUUCGCUGCCGCUGCCGCUGCCGCCGCCGCCGCCCGCGGCCGUCGGGGCUAUUAGUGAAAGAUGGUGGAUCGCUUGGCAAACAGUGAAGCAAAUACUAGACGUAUAAGUAUAGUGGAAAACUGUUUUGGAGCAGCUGGUCAACCUUUAACUAUACCUGGACGAGUUCUUAUUGGAGAAGGAGUAUUGACUAAGUUGUGCAGAAAAAAGCCCAAAGCAAGGCAGUUUUUCUUAUUUAAUGAUAUUCUUGUAUAUGGCAAUAUUGUCAUCCAGAAGAAAAAAUAUAACAAACAACAUAUUAUUCCCCUGGAAAAUGUCACUAUUGAUUCCAUCAAAGAUGAGGGAGACUUAAGGAAUGGAUGGCUAAUCAAGACACCAACUAAAUCUUUUGCAGUUUAUGCUGCCACUGCUACGGAGAAAUCAGAAUGGAUGAAUCACAUAAAUAAAUGUGUUACUGAUUUACUCUCCAAAAGUGGGAAGACACCCAGUAAUGAACAUGCUGCUGUCUGGGUUCCUGACUCUGAGGCUACUGUAUGUAUGCGUUGUCAGAAAGCAAAAUUCACACCUGUUAAUCGUCGCCACCAUUGCCGCAAAUGUGGUUUUGUUGUCUGUGGGCCCUGCUCUGAAAAGAGAUUUCUUCUUCCCAGCCAGUCCUCUAAGCCUGUGCGGAUUUGUGACUUCUGCUAUGACCUGCUUUCUACUGGGGACAUGGCCACAUGCCAGCCUGCUAGAUCAGACUCUUACAGUCAGUCAUUGAAGUCUCCUUUAAAUGAUAUGUCUGAUGAUGAUGACGAUGAUGAUAGCAGUGACUAAGGACACAUUUGGGAGUGUUUAAUCAGGUGUGGCUAUCUGAGAAAUCAACUGUGGGGGAAGUUGAUUCUGAGCUCUCUCUCUGUUUUGUUCUAGCCAUGAAUUUGCCUGAGAAACUUGUAACCUAUGUGCCUCAAUAUAUUCCAUAGAAAGUAGGUCCCCCUGCCUUCUCCCACUCCUUGCACUCUUCUACAGGGAUAGACUUUUGCAAAUAUAUCAGAUAAAUUUUUUGUUUCUUAUUCCUGUUUAUUUUUAGGUUAUUUUCUUGGAAGGUUGGGAAAAGAUGUUUGUUUAACAGAUCAUGUACUACAUUGUUGUUUUCAUUUCUGUUAUAAGUAAAACUAAAAGCACAGAAUGGUGGGAAAGGGGCUAUAAUGUGGUCCAUUAAUAAUGUUAGUAGCUUUUUUCUAACCAUCCUGUCUAAUGGUUAAGACACCAGUAACAAAAACACAUGAUUUGGAAAUACUUUGUUUGGCUUUUUCAUAUACCUAGUGGUGCCUUAUCAUAAUAGCACUGUUACAUGAAAUAAGCCCCCUACCUUCUUACUUUCUGGUUUGUUGAAAAAAUACACUGGUGCUCUUUGAAGUGAUAAAAUGAGUGUUUAUGAAUGGGUGUAAUUAGGAAAUACUUCUCAUCUGACAGCUACAAAUAACUAAGUUUGGAGGUAUUUUCACUCUAUAUGAAUAAAUAUUUUUCCAUAAAAUAGUUGUGAUUAUAUUUUUGUUUUAUAUAGGUCCCAAAUUAUAAUUGUCAAAUAUAUAUUUUAAAUUAAUAAUAGGUUGUCAUUCUUAGGAA